AUGGAGGAUUCUGGUAGAAACCAAAGACAACCGAUGUCACCUGUGAUGGAAAUGGGGGAAGGAGGAAAACAACAAGUACCUGAAACGCUGCAGCUACACGGAUCGGAUCACCCUGGAAUGAUUUUAGUGAGUACUUCACUCACUAAAAAUAAUUAUCUCACCUGGAGCUAUGCUAUAAAGAGAGCUCUGGAUCUUAAGAUGAAAUUGUGCUGUAUCGACGACACAUCUGCGAAACCGGGUGUUACUGAACCAUUCUUCGAGCAUUGGAUGCGGGUAGACAUCAUGGUCACCACUUGGAUCCUUAAUUGUAUUUCAAAGGAAAUCGUCGGCAGUUUCAUGUAUGCGAAAUCUGCAAGAACACUUUGGCUAGAUUUGGAAGAGAGGUACGGAGAAUGCAAUGGGCCUUUGUUAUAUCAGCUUCAGCGCGAAAUAGCCUCCUUGACGCAAGGAACUAAGUCAGUGGUUGAGUAUUUUUCCAGAUUGUGCAUGAUUUGGGACGAACUUGAUGAGUUAAUGCCUACUCCUCAAUGCACAUGUGGAUGCACUUGUGGAGCCUUUAAAAUUGCUGCAGAACAAGCUACAUUCACUAGAUUGACACAGUUUCUCAUGGGAUUAAGUGAUAAUUUUGAUCAUCUACGUGAUCAAUUGCUCGUCAUGGAUCCAACACCUAUAGUGAAUAAAGCGUACUCUAUGAUGUUGAGGGUAGAAAAGUAG